AUGAAAGGAGGACAAAAACUGUCCAAGAACCAAAAAUAUCAAAUGGUGACUGAUAAAAAAGUUCAGAAACUUAUUAUUCAUGAUGUCACUAUUCAAGACAAAGCAGAGUAUACUUGCAUUUAUGGUGAGACAUCAACUUGGGCCAAGCUGGUUGUUGAAGAGGAAGAAAGAAAAGUAAAAGCAGUACCAGAACCUAAAUUCAAACCUGAAUUUAUUAAGAAACUUGGUCAACUCAGAGUACAAGAAAGAGACAUUGCCACUUUUGUUUGUGAAAUGUCCUAUGAGAACCUGACACCUAUCUGGAUGAAAGGUGGACAAAAACUGACUGCAAACAAAAAGUAUGAAAUAAUCACAGAUAAGAAAGUUCAGAAACUUAUUAUUCAUGAUGUCAGUUUUGAAGAUAAAGCAGAAUAUAUUUGCAUUUUUGGUGAAACUUCAACUUGGGCCAAGCUGAUUGUUGAAGAACCAAAAGUUGAAGUGAAAGCAGAACCUGUAGCUGAAUUCAAAGCUGAAUUCACUCACAAACUCAGUGAAAUCACUGCUAAAGAAAAAGACACAGUUACUUUUGUCUGUGAAAUGUCCCAAGAAAAUUUGACACCUAUUUGGAUGAAAGGAGGACAAAAGUUGACUACUGACAAUAAAUAUGAAAUAGUCACAGACAAGAAAGUUCAAAAACUUACUAUUCGUCAUGUCACUGUUGAAGACAAGGGUGAAUAUACUUGCAUUUAUCGUGACACUUCAACUUGGGCCAAGCUGGUUGUUGGAGAAAUUAAAACAGAAUUCACUAAAAAACUUAGUGAGAUCAGAGUAAAGGAGAAAGAAACAGCCAUCUUUGUCUGUGAAAUGUCCGAAGAGAACCUGAAAGCAAUUUGGAUGAAAGGAGGACAAAAACUGACAGCAGACAAGAAAUAUGAAAUGGUUACAGACAAGAAAAUUCAAAAACUCAUUAUUCAUGAUAUUACUGUUAAAGACAAAGGAGAGUAUACUUGCAUUUAUCGUGAUACAUCAACCUGGGCCAAAUUGAAUGUGGAAGAAAUUAAAGCAGAAUUCUCCAAGAAACUCAGUGAAAUGAAAGCAAAAGUAAAAGAAACUGCAACUUUUGUCUGCGAAAUGUCAGAAGAAAAUGUAAAACCUAUUUGGAUGAAGGGAGGACAAAAAUUGACAGCAGACAACAAAUAUCAAAUGGUCACAGAUAAAAAAACCCAAAAACUUAUUAUUUCUGAUAUCACUGUUGAAGACAAGGGAGAAUAUACUUGCAUUUAUCGUGACACCUCAACUUGGGCUAAGCUGGUUGUUGAAGAAACUAAAGCUGAAUUCACCCAGAAGCUCACAGAAAUGAAAGUAAAAGUAAAAGAAACUGCGACAUUCACUUGUGAAUUGUCUACUGAAAACAUAAAACCUGUCUGGUUGAAGAAUGGCAAAGAACUAACUUCCAGCAAAAGGAUUGAAAUGAUCUCAGAAAAGAAAACACAUAAACUUGUAAUUCAUGAAGUAACUGUUGAAGACAAAGGUGAAUACACCUGUGUUGUUGGCAGUGUAUCAACUACAGCAAAAUUAGUUGUUGAAGUAUCAUUUGCUUUGCUAAUUUAUGCUUUGCACUUUUUACAAUCAUAUCUUGAAUGGUCAUCUGUAACUGAAUCACAGACAGGAUGGUCUACUGAAACAGAAUCACGUUCUGACUGGUCUACUGAAACACAGACACAAUCUGAACCUGCUGUUGAAUCUGAAACUACCAUUGGAUGGUCAGCUGAAACAGAAUCACGUUCUGGUGAGUGUAUAUGUUCUUGUAUCAUGAGACAUUUUUUUUUUAAUACUGAAAAGUAA